CAAGAGAAACCUUCGCGUUGCCCGGGCGAAACCUGACCCGCCAGAUCUCAGGCGCUUUUACCUUCUCUAUCCAACGGGGUGGAAAUAAGGGAAGGGCCUGUCGGAGCGAGGCCGGGAGCCUUUCCCUCCAACUUCCCUUGCGAGACGUAGGGGAGGGAAGCGAGAAUCAGGUUAACUUAGUUAUCCUGCGUAGGCACCGGAGAGAGGCUCGCUUCGACAAUGCACUAUGUGGAGGCUGCUCGAGGGACGGUCUCUCUGCAGGUAUGGCACCUGAAUCUCUCUUUCUGCCUGAUUGCUGUUUUGUUUUCCGUACAGGCACCCCCGACCAUGGCUGAGGGAAGCGACCUCGCUUCGGUGGACUAUGAGGUGUUUGGGAAGGUGCAAAGGGUAUUUUUCCGCAAACAUACCCAGGCACAAGGAAAAAAGUUGGGUCUAGUUGGCUGGGUCCAAAAUACUAAUUAUGGCACUGUGCAAGGACAAAUCCAAGGACCUCUUGUCAAAGUCCGCCAACUUCAGGAAUGGCUUCAGAAAACUGGAAGUCCCAAAUCUCACAUCGACAGAGCGGAAUUCCACAAUGAAAAGAAAAUUGCUCAUUUGGAGCAUAGUGACUUUUGUAUAAUCAAAUAAGAGGCUUAGGAACUGGAUUUAUAAAGUCAACUAUGGACUUGUCUAGAAGAAAGUCAUUCGUUUCUUUUAAUUGAUUAAAUGCAUUAUUUCUGUUGUAAUUAUUUAUUAUAUGAAGCUUCUAUUAAAAGUUUUAAGACAAACAUUU